AUGGCAAGGCCAUCGAGCGACACACUUUCUCGCUUGCAAAAAGCCAUAGACCUGAUCCCUCUCAUAGACAACCACGCUCACAACGUCUUUCAAACCUAUGAUCCUUCGGAGAAAUACCCUCGGGAGAGUCUUGUUUCUGAAGCGACCGGCGGCGCACUCAAUGACUCAAUCCAUUCAUUGCCGCAUUUGCGCAUGCGGAAACAACUCGCUCGAGCGCGGAGCAGGAACUAUGAGACCUUUUGUCGAGAUCUAAUUAAGGUGGCAGGUAUUCAAAUUAUUCUGUUCGACGAUGGUAUCGUGAACGAGUUUUGCCAUCCAAUCUCUUGGCAUGACCGACUGACGCCAUACCCCAACAAACGAGUUGUUAGAAUAGAAACAUUGUUCGAGUCUAUUGUGGCCGCGGUUGGCCCUCAGGCCGCGUUUGAUGAUUUCAUACAUGCGAUCAAGGGGUUCGUCGAUGACCAGGAGGUUGUAGGAUUCAAGUCCAUCGCCGCAUAUAGAUCUGGCUUGGACGUUCAACCGUCAAAUAUGGAGACUGGUUCUGCUACGAGUAAUGCACCUAUUCAAUUCGUCGAACAAAGCAUGGAGCAAGCAACCGAUAGUAUUCCACCCUUCCGAGUUGAACAUCCAGUCGUGGUAAAAUGGUUGCUUAACACCACUUUAUCCAUCAUUUCUGGGCGAGGGAAACCAAUACAAUUCCAUACUGGGCUUGGUGAUAACGAUAUCGAUCUUAUCAAAUCCGACGCCUCCCAUCUCCAACCGUUGAUCAAGGCAUAUCCCAAUGUUCCCUUUGUCCUACUUCAUUCAGGCUACCCAUAUGCUCGACAGGCCGGAUAUUUAGCCACCGUGUAUUCCAAUGUCUAUCUCGACUUUGGACUAGCGAUUCCUUUGCUCUCGGAAGUGGUCAACGCGACUUGCAUACCAUCCGGAACGAUUUUACUUGGGAGCCCUACAAUCGCGACAGGCCCUGCUGAGGUGCUUGCAGAGUACACCGACCGACAAGAAAUUCAAUUUGAAGAGGCACUCGAGAUCGCAAAACGAUUGUUCUUCGAGAACAGCAAUAAGCUUUAUAAACUGGGUGUCAAGUAUACUGAAUUGGACCACGCUACACCUUCCGAUUCAGCAACACCGCCAGAACACACAGCCACAACUGAGGUUGAGAAGCUGACAAGAAUACCUAACAACCUUGAUUUGAAAGGCUCGAUUUCAUUUAUCAAAUCCCAAGGCAUUAAAUUUAUUCGUUUAACAUGGGUCGACUACGUCAACAUGAUUCGAUAUAGAGUCAUCCCCAAUUGCUCACUUCGCAGGAUAGCUGAAUCUGGACCUGGAGUAGUCCGAGUCGGUCUGUCUCUGGGUGUCCAAGAUAGCAUGCCAGCCGGUGGUGUGGUAUCGGGUGAUGUGGAAUUGAAGGCAGACUAUUCGAGCAUGUGGAAAGCGCCGUUUGCUCCUGGCCACGCAUACAUGAUGGGUAGAUUCUUCGAGAAGGAGCAUUCUCAGAGGAGCUGGGGAAUCGGACAUUUGUCCUCGCACAAUCUUGCACAAGAUAAUUCAAUGGCCGGUUUUAGGCGCGCCGAACGCGAACUCGACGCUAGAUUCUUAGUCGGAUUUGAGACUGAAUUCAUUCUCCUCGACCAUAGUAACAGCCCAAUACGUACCGGUCCAUGGUCCUCUUCCCAGAAACUCCAGUGUGGACCUGCCGCGGACUGUGUACACGAGAUUGCACAGUGUAUCAUAGAUGCUGGAAUCAAACUGGAGAUGUAUCAUGCUGAGAGUGCACGUGGUCAGUAUGAAGUUGUAACGGGACCACUGCCUCCUCUACAAGCAGCAGACGCUCUGGUCUCCACUCGGGAGAUUAUAUACAAUGUUGCCCGUAAAUAUGGGUAUAGGGCAACUCUGAGUCCCAGACUCUAUUCCAACCAAUCCGGUACCGCGUGCCAUGCGCAUAUAUCCGUACAAAGUCCUCGGUCCAACACACCUUCUAAUCAUCCAGACAUCCCGUCACUUCCAUCAGACCUAGCUUCCCUUAUGGCUGGCCUACUCGAAAACCUCGUAUCCGUUUGUGCUUUCACUCUCCCCGUUGAUGCCUGUUACUCGCGAGUCAUGGAUGGAGUUUGGAGUGGUGGAUCUUGGGUGUGCUGGGGGCGAGAAAACAAGGAGGCCCCGCUUCGCCUCUGUGGCUCUGGUAAAGGGUUUAAUAUCGAGAUCAAAUCUUUUGAUGGCACUGCGAAUCCCUACUUGGGCUUAGCGGCCGUGCUUGGGGCUGGUGUUGCUGGUUUGUCAGCCAAGAAACGGAACGACAUGCAUAUUACAGCCCGGAUGCCAACCCAGUCCCCGGUGCUUGAGCCAGGACUCGGCCUGAACAUGGACUUUAUUCGAACCUGGCUCCCAGAAAGUGCAUGGGAGGUAUUUAAAUCUGUACGAGAGGAUGAACGAAAUAACCUAAAAUCCCUCAAACAGAAUAAAGAACAUUCCGAUUUAAGCUGGAAAGAACUGUCUGCCAUAGUUUGUCAAGAACACUAUUAA